AUGAGAAGCAUCUAUUUCGAAGCGCCCCGAAAGCAAAGCAUAACCACACCUCAUCCGUACGAGUUCCCCGAAUUCAUUUGGAUCCUUUCCAUAUCUUACCAGUCCGUCAUUCCACUUCCUUACCUCAUCCACCCCGAUUCCUCCCCGUUGCGUCCUCUCACCUCGUCACCACACUGUGUCACCACUUGGUCCGCGUUUCCACCUCCUCUUCGGUCCGCCUCCUCCCCUAAACCGCCGUCCCACCUCGCCUUUCCGCCAUCCCGUUUCCUCCGCGUUCUUCUCAUCUUGUCGCCUCCCCGUUCCGCCAUCCCACCUAGGCGCCUUGGCGCCUCACAUCCCGUCGCCUUGGCGCCUCACAUCCCGUCGCCAUGGCGCCUCACAUCCCAUCGCCUUGGCGCCUCACAUCCCGUCGCCUUGGCGCCUCACAUCCCGUCGCCUUGGCGCCUCACAUCCCGUCGCCUUGGCGCCUCACAUCCCGUCGCCUUGGCGCCUCACAUCCCGUCGCCUUGGCGCCUCACAUCCCGUCGCCUUGGCGCCUCACAUCCCGUCGCCUUGGCGCCUCACAUCCCGUCGCCUUGGCGCCUCACAUCCCGUCGCCUUGGCGCCUCACAUCCCGUCGCCUUGGCGCCUCACAUCCCGUCGCCUUGGCGCCUCACAUCCCGUCGCCUUGGCGCCUCACAUCCCGUCGCCUUGGCGCCUCACAUCCCGUCGCCUUGGCGCCUCACAUCCCGUCGCCUUGGCGCCUCACAUCCCGUCGCGCUGGCGCUGUUCCUCCUCUUCGCGUGUGCUCCAACCUAUAUCCUGACCGAUCCGCGUCAGUACCUCCUUUCCUCCAUCCCUUUUCCUCCCCGUUCCGGCCUCCCACCGCGUCGCCUGUGCGCCAAUGAAGUUUCUCGCCUUUCCGCCGUUCGCCCCACUCCUCAUCGCGGCCUCCCACCCCUCUCGCCUUUCCGCCUCUAG